UCGAGCGAUGAAAACGCGGACUGAUCUGUACACACAUAAGUGCAUACAUACACACGUACGUACAUAUUAUAGACUAAAUAAUCUGUCAAUGUAACUUUCGCAUCAGACAGAAAGAGUAUCUUCGAUAAAAAUUAAUUGGAAGUUGAAAUACUUGGUGAUAUUGACGCCUUGCAAGCAGGAAACCGACAUGAACGUUUGUUUUGGUUGAUGGAGAUCUUGCUUCACAAUGCAAGCCAUUUUCGUGAAUCACCGUAACGAAAAGUAAUCGUGUUUGAAUCAAAUUCGCGUCAGAUUAGUUACAGGGUGUCGUUUAUCCCGUAAGCUGUUUGCGUACGUAAUAAAAGUAUUUCGGAGAGCUGCAUACCCCGCGAGAUUGGAAUCAACGACAUUGCCGCGUCUCGACGGGAAAAUGCUCUCUGUAUCGAGUAAUGUCCUUAUUCUGGUUCGCGUGUAAACGACUGUCUAUGGAUUUUGUAUGAGGUAUCGAAACGGCCAUCAGUAUCGUCCAUCGCGGAGAAAUUUUCCAAUCCAAGAGCAAAGAUGGAGAGUUCUGAAGAGCCAACAAGUUUACAAUCCAUUUGUCACUUACAUGCUUCGGAAUUAUUUCCAAAGUAUGCACACGUGGAAUGCGAUGAUGAAACCCUAACGAUUCCAUUCACUCCUUUAAGCGGGGAAUCGAUCGUGGCACUCGGACGUACAACAGAUGGGAUACUGGCUCUUUCUAACUACAGAUUGUAUUUACAAUCGAGUCAAGCCUGUUACAACAUCCCAUUAGGUUUAAUAGAACAGCUGGAAGUCAGAGAGAUUUUCUUUUUACAUAUUGGAUGCAAAGAUGCUCGUUCCCUGAGUUGUGCUUUUUCCACGAAUGAACAUUGUUUCGAAUGGUUCAAACGUCUGCACAAAGUAACCUAUCCGAAGAAGAGUAUAGAGGACAUGUUCGCCUUCGCGUAUUACGCUUGGUCCAUCGAGGAGGGAAAAGAUUUUGGUAAAAUUGGAAAAGAUAAUACAUCUUACGCGACUACUUUCAACUCCGAGGUGGAACGAUUGAAGUUCAAUUUACAUGGUACCUGGCGGAUCAGUCAGAUCAAUAAAGAUUACCGAAUGUGUCCGUCGUAUCCACCGUUGUUUCUGGUCCCUUCCUGCAUCACCGAUGAUACUUUGGAACAUGUGGCUAUGUAUCGUAGUUCUAGUCGAAUUCCUGUUGUUGUUUGGAGACACGUGAACAAUGGUGCGGUAAUAGCGCGAAGUAGUCAACCAGAACUCGGUUGGUUCGGUCGGCGCAACGAAUUCGACGAGAAAUUACUCAAAGCUCUAUCGAAUGCGUGUUCCUAUGACAAAGGUAAAUCGACAUUGGUGGAUCCUUCCACCGAUACCCGUGACAAAGCUGCAGCCACAGUGAGCAAUACCAAAAAAGUUCUAAUUGUGGACGCCAGAUCAUACACGACCGCUGUGGCUAACAGAGCGCGUGGAGGCGGCUGCGAAUGUCGAGAGUAUUAUCCUAACUGUGACAUACAGUUCAUGAAUUUACCAAACAUUCACUCUAUACGUAAAAGUUUUCACACGGUGAGACAGCUCUGCGCAACGGACACAGAACAACCGAAUUGGCUUAGUCUUUUGGAAGGAACGCGGUGGUUGCAACACAUGUCUGGAUUAUUGCAUGCAGCGGUGACCGUGGCAUCUGCGAUCGAAAGAGAUGCUCGACCGGUAUUAGUACAUUGCAGCGAUGGCUGGGACAGGACGCCCCAAAUAGUUGCUUUGGCACAAAUUCUUCUCGAUCCUUAUUAUCGAACUAUGGAGGGAUUCCAAAUCUUAUGCGAGAGAGAAUGGUUAGACUUUGGACAUAAAUUCGCAGAUCGAUGUGGACAGACAGUCAGCUGCGAAGAUCUGAAUGAACGAUGUCCAGUAUUUCUGCAGUGGCUGGACUGUGUACACCAAUUGACUGAACAAUUUGAAUGUUGUUUUCAAAUGUCUCCAGCAUAUCUCGUAAGUACGAGUCCAAUGUUGAGACUAGUUCUACAGGUGAAGUUGGCGCAGCAUACGUAUUCACAACUUUUCGGCACAUUUCUCUGCAACACGAUACAGGAAAGGCUACAAUUGCGAAUACGGGAACGAACGUUUUCAGUUUGGCGGUUCCUUAAUUCCAGUUCGUUUGUAAAUCACUUGUACUCGCCUUUAGAGAAACAAGUGCUGUGGCCGGACUACAACGUUCGAAAGCUUAAGUUAUGGUCCGAAGUCUAUUCAGGCUCCAUGGAAUCCUCUGUUGGCACGAGGGACAACAAACAGAACGUGACGAUGAUAGACAUCGAGCCCGGCGAAACCGAAGAACCACAACGGCAAAUAACUAAGACUCGUUCGUGCGAUGAUCUGAUACAUGCUCCCGAUCACACGGCCUAUCAUCAACGUAGACUCAGUGCUCCAAGUAUCUCGGUAGAAAAAAAAAUGGAUUCUUUGACGCUCGAAGCGGACACGGCGGAUAAAAGUGCGGACGAGUGCAACAUCGCUGCGUGUACGCAGAGCAGCUGGUCAGAGGAUGACAAGAGUUUCGACGCGGAAAAGGAAGACAGACCAGACAAAUCGAAGCGACAGAACAUGGCAACCACUCAAUUUUCGAACGACUCGCCGGCGAAUCCUUCGGUAGACAGUUCAACGGACACAUUGAUACCUAGCAACGAAUCGUUGCUCGACACGACUGACAACGACAAAGAAACCAGACCACAAGAGAGUUCACCGCAGGACAUCGUUUCCUCGUGGGUAGAAACGAACUCGGUCGGCGAAACCGUUUGCUCCUGCACCCGCAACUGCAAUUCGAAUCAUGGUCAGAAUCAGAAUCAUAACGAGGGCAGCGAUUUCAGCGAUAUCAGCGCGCCGUUGAUGUCGAGAACACCGAGUAGCGGCGUUUGUCCGGCUUCGCCGAUUCAUCGUGACAUGGUCCCAAGUAAUCCUGACAGAUUGGACGACGUAGACGGUCUUCCUAUUAUACAUUGCGAUGUACAGAUGCGCGUGCAACAAAUUAUAGUGGAGAACAAGCUGAAAGAGGACGCAUUGAGGAAGGAGUUACAUACAACGAGGCUGGCGUUGAUCAAACAGGUUUGCAAUCAUAAUGCAGAAACCGAGCGCAUCGACGAUAUCGGAUCGUUACCGGACUCUGUGGGCAGUGCCGGUGACCACGGAGAGUCAUUGCCAUCGGACAUGUCCUGGGAAGCUGUUGAAGAAUUGGGACCAGCUCCUACUUUGUGGGUACCUGAUCACGCGGUGACCCGGUGCAUGGGUUGUGAUACAGAAUUCUGGCUAGGAAGACGCAAACACCAUUGCAGAUGCUGUGGUAAAAUCUUCUGUGCGGACUGUUCAGAGAACUCGACCCCGCUGCCCAGCGAGCAGCUUUACAAUCCCGUGAGAGUGUGCAGCGACUGUUUCUCGCGGAUCCAUCGGCACACGAGCCCUUGUCAGUGCAACACCCGUCUCUCGAACAAAGGGGAUAACGACGCAGAGUUGAUCUCGAUCAAUUCGGAAAACGUGCUCGCCUGUCCGCGACCAAAGUGUUUGAAUAUCGCAAAAGACAGUUGCUGUGAGAACCUUUUGCAGGUCACGCAUCCGAAAGCACAACCGCCGGUCGCGGCGGCCACGGUCAACUGAGUAAAUUUGCGACGAGGAUGAUCCGAUACGAUGAAGCUUUCGGGUUUCGGUUUGGCUAGAGACAGAGCGUGGCGGAAUUUUCGCGUCUCGUUUGGUUCUGUGAAAACAUACAUUCACACCUACACAUACCUACAUACACCUACACAUACCGGCCAUCCAAUUGAAUUUGAACAAGACCGCGAACAUGUUGUAUAUUGACGCAUGGGUACAGAAAGAUCACGAGACAGCGUUGUAUGAUACCAUGCAGCGCGUAAUCGUGAGCUAGAUUCUUUUCGGACGAUCCAAUAUUUAUUGCUAGAGUAAUAAUAAUUUGUACGAACAAGUGUAUAGCGUCGCAGAGAAAAACGAGUCAGUAUACGAGAGGUUGUAUAUACCUUAGUAGUAAUUCGAUCCAACGAGACACACGCCUGGCUUCUUCGCAUGACGAGACUAUGUUGGAUAUGUUAUCCGUACAGUGAGACAGCGAGACGAGGAGAGAGGAACAUUUUGGAUAGGCUGUGACUGACAUCUAAUUUCGGGCAUCGUACGAAGCACGCUCUUGGUCAAUUGUCCGAUCAAACGACUCGUUGACGACAAAUAGUUGGACUGCGAAACGAGUAAAAACUGUAUUUGUAUAUUGCCGCUGUUUAUGAGAAUUGGAACAAUUAAAUACGACAUUAUCAUACACGACUGUGUGUGUGUGCGUGUCUGUCUGUCUGUCUCUCUCUCUCUCUGCAUCCGCUUUCGCCAUGUUUUUGUUCUCGAGCUUCAGAGAACCGUCUUCAUACCGGCCAAAUUCUGCAGCGUCGAUGCGUUUUUCAGAAUCUGCGUCGCGUUCUUUAGCCUGUCAACCUGACCUUGCGUGUCGUCCGCAUUUUGGAACUGUAUCAGUAUGACAAGGAGAAGAGCCCGCAAACCGAGAACUCCAACGGUCGAUGCAGUAAUUGCAGGGAGAAUAUCUCCAACUGGUGGCGUGUACUCGCAUCGAAACUGGAGGACAGUAACUGACUGACGAGCACCGCUGUCUUCUUCGCCUGAAAGAAAACGAUUAUUCGAAGCAUUACUAACAAUUUUCUCUGCUUAUCGCUGGUCGCCCACCUCGGCGACGGUCGAGUAGCUCGGUUGAACGAUUAUCAGCAUUCUAGUCACAUGGAAGAUGCACCACAUGCCUUGCACCGCUAAAAAUAUCCACUCGUGUUCCUCGCCCGCUUGUAGAAUUAAAAAGUAAGGUGUGAUCACAAGAUGCAGCAGGCAAGUCGUGGUCACUGCCAGUAUCACCACGCCGAACGUGUUGUUUAUUAGGGACACCGUAUCGCACAGCAACGAAUGUAUCAGUAUCAAUUCGGGUAUACCGCUCUCUGCAAUCAACAUCGAGAUAGAGUAUACGCUAACUCGGAUUAGACUCUUUCUCUGACCUGAGUUACCAAGGACCCGAUGAUUGCCCAACUCUAAUUGUCUACCCGACACGAUGUUUAAUCGUCUGUCGUGAACGUCUGCCGUUACUACUACAAGACAGAGGCUUAGAAACGACGAAGAUCAUGGUUCUUUCUACUUACCUGUUUCAAUGGGAUUCGCCGACGAGUAGACCACGGACGAAAGAAUACCACUGUCCAGUAGAUUUCUGAGGCUGUUAUUUAAUCUAACGAAUCUCUGGCUCAAGUUGUACGUGGACACGCUGUACUGAAGCUCCGUCGAGAUAAUUACCGUGUACAUGAAAUAUAGAGGCGCGUAGUUGAUGGGACCUUUGUCGGUCAACGGUCUACUGAUCUUCGUGUGCCGAGUCCAAGUGGAAAAAUCAAGGAUCGAAUUAAACCACAGGUACUUCCAACGAAAUGGCGAGCCAACGAUGCAGACCACCGUGAGACUCAUCACACCAAGAACGUCGCUGCAUGUUGCAAUUACCGCAGUUCGAGACUUCAGUCUGGUACUGUGCUCCCAACCGUCUUUCAUGUCUCGCCACAGACCCCAUAUCUCAGCACCCAGGAGCAACGUUAACACGCACAAGCUAGGAAGAAACCUCAAGAAAUAAGAUCGAUCCGAGAAACGAAAACCUGAAGUCAUUAGUGCUGUUACCUGUAAAUCAGAUCUAGUAUGCUCAGGCGCGCCUGAUAUCUCCCGGAUGCGCGUGCAAUGAAUCUAACAGGAAUCAACCCACAGGCUUUACCAAGAUAAUAAAUCGGGGAAAUUGCUCGACAAAGAUCGCUUUGAGCUGCAUAUUCAUCUCUUCCUCUGUCCGGUUUUCUCUCUAUGCUCUUGACCGCUCGCUUUUCUGAAAUCAUUCAAAAUAUUUUGUUUGUUCCGACAAGGCAAGAGACAUCAGAAAACGUUACUCGAUCUGUUCGUCGCGCUUCGUCUAUCGAUCUCGCUCCAUCGAACGUUCAUCCUGGCCGUCUCUUCUUUUCUAGGAUCUUCCUGGUAUUCCGGCUUGAUCGCGCGAGCAAAGAAAGGGAAAUACUAUGUUGCGCUCGAUCAUACACACGUCUUCGUAUACCUAUAGUUUUCUUCGGCAUAGCUGACACCACUCUCGACCAACGAGAUACAUACAUUCGUCCUUGUCAGAUCGUCGAUAGAUAAUUAUCAUCGAUUGCCGUGCUUCCGACGCGUUGUUUAUCUUCUUGAAAAACAAUAUGAGCAGAAGCCGGAUACGUACGUGAAACUCGUCGCUUUCAAUGACAGCUUUUAACGAUCGUUAACUGGAUAUCGAACGCACAGGCAUGCCUGUGGAAUUUCGAGAAGAGGCGAGACUACCCGCGAUAAAGCACGGUCAGGAAAGGGCACGUUAAUUUCGCGUUACAGGAAAGAUUGAUCGAGACCAGAAGUAAUGGGGAAGGUUGAAAUGUCGCGAUAAUCCACACUCAUACUGCAUUUAUCAUAGGCACUGGCCACGAUUAGAUUUGACAUGGUCGUAAGGGAAAAAAUGGUAAUUGUCUUUCGAAAGAAUACGUGUACACGUUGUUCCUGAUCGAUUGCUUUAUUCUAUGUCAUCUUUUACUGUUCUAUCCUAAGAACAAAAGGGUGUAGAAUUUAGAAAUUGAAAAUCCGAUAAUUGGAUAAUCCUAGUCAUAUUGCAUUUAUUAUAUACAUUAUAUUAUGUACAUGGCAAAUUAUAUACAUUAAAUAGAGCAUUAUUCGUUGUUGUUUGGAUGA